UUAAACAAAAUGAUGAGUAGUGUGGAUAUAUUUUAUGAGGACAGCUACAGUAAUGAAGAGCUUAUCAUUCAAAGAUUGCGACGGAGUAUCCGGGACAUCUCUAAUCCGCUCGAGUUGAAUAAUCAACUAUUUGUAUCUUACUUUCGGUUAAGUAAAGAAGCGUUUAGCUAUUUAUUGGAAAAUAUAACUCCGUCAAUUACUUCAAUGUGUAGUGCUGCAAUUCCUCCAAUCCUUAAAUUAGCGUGUGUUCUACGCUUCUUCGCAGAUGGCUCUUACCAAAAAGGUAUUGGGAAUGAUUUUGAAAUUGGCUUUGCACAGGCAACAGUGUCAGUUGUGUUGAGAGAAAUACUAAAUAUAUUUGAAAGUGUUAUUUGCCCUGAAUGGAUUCAGAUACAAAUGACUGCAGAUGAAAAACAAGCUGCAAGAACCAACUUCUAUUCCAAAGCGUCAUUACCGGGAGUAAUUGGUUGUGUUGAUGGGACACAUGUAGGUAUCGUUGCUCCGUCCCACUUCAAGCAUCAAUAUUUAAAUAGAAAGGGAUUUUAUAGUUUAAACGUAAUGGUUGUACGUAUGACUUCUUCAAAUACAUGACUUGUAUAUGUACACUUUUUCAUCUUCUCAGGCU